AUGGCAAGUGUUUGCGACGUUAUUUGUGCUUUAGAAAAGUUUGAGCUCAAUUUAAUUGAGAAACAAUGGUCUGAUGAUAUUUGGUCAAGCGAUUUUACAUCCUGUCCAGAUGAUUUACCUGAUGAAUUUUCUGAUAAAUUUUCACCAUUGAGCUUUUGUGAUAUUGUUCAAGUAUUUGAAGAAGCUGAAAAAAUGAUAAAUCUUUGGCUAACAACCACAACUACUGAUAUUUCGCAUAUUAGUAAUUAUGAUACAGAUUCUUCGAGUAGUUCGAUGAGUGCAAAUCCUAGUUGGACGUUGCUUCAAGAUGUUAAUUACAAACAAUUACUAGCAUUAAUAUAUUUUUAUACAUGCAAGGGUCAAGUGAAUAAUCAAGAUAAAAAUUUAGUUCUCACUUGCAUUAAAGCAUCCAAGUUUUAUUUUACAUUGUUAAUCAUACCUGGAAGUGACAUAUAUAAAAUAUUUCAAAUAAAUUUAUUUGAAAAAUGUCUAGAGUCGUUAUCGUUGCAUAAAUUUUUAGAAAUUGCAACAGGCAGAAAAAUUAAAAAAACAAAAGUUAAUAAAAAAAAUGAAGAAUUAAGUUCGGAUGAAGAAUAUCUUGAAAUGGAUGAAACGUUAACACUGUCACAGCAACAAAAUGUAGUUAAACAGUUAAAUUAUUUAAUGUCUACUUUUCAGAAUUUUGUCAAAAAAUUUAGCUUUAAAAAAUAUCCCGAAGCAUUAAAUAUGACACUAACUGUUUUAGCAGAAUUAACUAGAUUAGAAAGAAAUAGUAGUUUACAGGAUUUUUCUGUUAAUAAUACAAUUACAUCAUUUGUGCCUUUAUCAAGAAAUGCAUAUUUAACAAUGAAAGACUUGUGUGUACCUUAUCAUGGAAGAGUUUCAGAAAUUAUUAGACUUGUAUUAUUUUAUAUUAUGCCAAAUUUAACUUCAAUAGGAGGUCUUGCCAAUCCUGAAAUAAAUAAACUUAGCCAAAAGGAAUUGACCAAUAUAAGAAAUAUUGCAAUUUCCUUUAUAACUGAAAAUAUAAUUUCUUUAGGAAAUGAUUCUCAUUUAGGAUUAAAAAUAUUAAUUCAACAAUUGUGUUUUAAUAUGAUUGAUCGUGCUGAUUAUCGUUCAAAGGCAACUGAUAUGGUACUAGCAAUAUUGUGUAAAUUACCCACAGAAUUAUAUUAUGUUUUAAUGAAAUGGAUUUUUCGAAUGUCAAUGAUGGAAGGUGCACAUCACAGAGUUAUAAGUUUAGAACUCUUAUCAAAGUUAAUAUUUAUGAAGCCUGGAACUGAUGAUGUUUCAAAACUAACGGAAUCCCAGUUUCAGCAAAUGGAAUCACAAUUACAAAGUUCUGAAAAUUUAAUGGGAUCUAAAAGUGAACUUUUGAAAACUGAUUGCAUGUCCACUUUAAGUCAAGUACCAAUUGUUUCGUUUGCUCAACCCGUAAAUUACAUACCUUUAGAAUUUCGUCGAGUAAUGCUGGCAGUAAUUAUUGAUCGUAUCAGGGACGAAGCAGCCAUUGUAAGGACUCGAGCUUUGUCGGUACUCUCCGAUGUGAUAUCAAACAAAACGUCUCAAAGCUUACAAAUUAUUCUCAAAGAAUUAUUCCUUUCUCGGUAUUCUGAAAUCAAUGAAAUAAAUCUUCAAAAUUUAGAUGAAGAAAAUGAAUUUUUAAAAUGGAAAUCUUUUGUUAGCUUGCUGGAAAAGUUUCAAGAUGUGGAUGUAGCAAAGCAUAUGUUUCCAGGAGGUAAAGUUAUCGUUAGAAAAGUUUUUGAUAAAUGUUUGGACGAAAGAGUUAAUGUUCGAAAGGCAGCACUUCAACUAUUCGGUAAGCACUGUCGAGAUCCUGCACUUUCAAUUAGAAAAGAUAUGUCCAACAGCUUGACAGAACUUGUACUGCUUUUUCCCGAUAAAGAAGAAUUAUUAGAACUUUGGGUCGAAGAAGUCGUUCCUUUAAUUAUGGAUCGAGAAAUCAAAGUUCAAGAACAAACUCUUCAGAUUUUCACUAACGUCAUUUUAAGUAGAAUUAAAAGUUAUCACGAUAUACAAAAUCAAUCGGAUCAACUUCCUUGGAAAAUAUUAGAUAAAAUUGCUAGACAGAAUAAAAAAAGUUUCUUUAUGAGCGCUUGUUCUUUCUGGAGCGAAUCUGGAAAUUUUAAUCAAACCUUAAUUUCAACAUUAAAAACUCACAUCGGAACCCCCAAUGACACACCGGCUUGGGUUUUCCUUUCCUGCAUAUCCGAAUAUUUCGAUAUCGAAAAACCGGAAUUCGUUAUGGAUUAUUAUCAAAGUACAGUAUUAGAGAAUACUGGAGAUAUCAGAAGCUCAUAUUUUGCUUUACUAACUUUAUCAACUUCUUGGCAAAAAUUAUCAAGAGUUAAAAAAGAAACUUUACAAAUAAAUAUGUACAAUGCUUUAAAAUCUUAUUCGGUCAAUCCGACGUUUGUUUCUUUAACCGUUGAAAUUGUUAGUGGCGUAACGGUCGUUCUAGCAGAAGAUGAAUUAUCCGGUAAAAAAGAAGUUGCUAAAUGGGGAAUCGAAUUAAUUCAGAAUUGUGAAUCUCAUUUAGAAAAUUGUCUAGAUAUUUCUACCGAAAAAAAAAAUAAUGCGUGUUCAAGUUGCAUAAAUAUUUUAGCACUACUAGGAGCACUCGCAGAAUUGUGUCCGAAUAAAAUUAAAAAUCCAACAUUUUCAUUGCUCUUCAAUUAUCUAAUGGAUACAAGCUCGAAAAAUUCAGCGCACGAUCGAAAAAUGUGUGCAAUGAUAGUCAUCACGAUAUCGAAAAUGGCUUUGCAUAAUGAUUUAUUUGCACGUAAUUUGGUUGCUGGAUUAGCUCAAAUACUUUCACAAUCUUGCGAUCCGAUCGUUUUAAAUAACGUAAUAGUAGCCAUUGCCGAUAUCGGAGAAAGUUACGCUAGUUUAAUCGAACCUGUUAUACCUUUCUUUUCCGUAUGUUUAAAAAGCAAACAUCAAAGUUUAAAAGAAGUUACAACGGUUUUAUUAGUCGAAUUACUUCAAGAAGAUUAUUUGAAGGCUCGAGACGUUUUAGUUUUUCAUCUUUUGACCAUGGUUAACGAAUCGAAUCCUUGGCUGGUUAAUAUUGUAAAAUAUUAUUUCACUAAUUCUCUUUUAGCUCGUAAUCCGAAUAAAAUGUAUCAACUUCUUUUACCAGCAUUGUUUCACUUUAAUAAUUUUACCGAUCAUCCCGAUUAUCCGAAAUUAAACAUGACGGAUUCCGAAUGGAAAGUGUUUGAUUUGAGCGGUCCGGAACAUCAUUUUAAUCGUAUGAAUAUUUAUAAAUUUAUGGUGUCGAAUGUUCCUUACAUGGUUAAAAUGAAAUGUUUACAUUUUAUUUGCACCGUGGUUUUGAACGGCGCUGCCGAUGGUAUAAUAAACAUUAAAAGUAAAAAUGGCGAACAACUUUUGUUCGAUGCUUUUUGCGUGUUGACGAUGCCAGAGAUUAAAAUAGAGUGUAACGAUUUGGUUAAAAAUAAAAACGAUGAGGGAGAGGAGGAGGAUUAUCAAAAGCAAAUGCCUCUCUGCAAACUCGUUAAACAAAUGUUGACGGCGGUGCAAAAAAAAGAAAUUAUUGAAACGAUUAUUCCCAUUUGUUGCAAGUUGAAGAAAAAACUAUUGUCGGAAAAUAAGAAAUUGUUGCCUUAUUUGCGUAAAUUCAUUCGAGAACUCGUAAAAGAUUACAAAAGCGAAUUCAACGAAAUAUUUAAAGAAGAUAAACAAUUUGGAAUUGAAAUCCUUCACGAACUUGAUUCGACUAAAAACAGUGAAGUGAGCGAAGAUGAAAAUCAAGAGGAAAUGAUACAGGAAAUGAUCUUUAGAAGCAAAGACAAACCAGAAAAAUCAAUUUGCAAUAUUGAAAUGUUAGAUGAAAAUACGGAGGGAAAAAAAGGGAGCGAAAAAACUGAUUUAGAUAAAAGCUUAUCGUUGCCACCCGGGGAACUCCCCGAAAAUGAUGAUGAUAAGAAUAAAAAAUUAAACGAGUCUUUAAAACUCGAUGAAAUCGAUAACAAUGAAAUUGAUGGAAAUGAUUUAAACGAAGUAAAUACGAGGCGAAAAAGUAUGGAUACUAAAAAUUCCGGUGAAUUGAAAUGCGUUAACGAGGAAUUAAACGAUGAGAAAAAUUCCUCGAAAGAAUUGGACGAACCUGACGGGGGGAUUCAAAAUCCUCAUCAAUCAAAUUGUGAUGGUAAACGAGUCCAAGAAUGUCUCGAAGAUAAUAAAGUGAAAUCGCUGAGGAUUUGCGUCAAUCGUCUCAAUUCGAAAAUGGACAAAAGUAGGAUUUCGUCUUCGUGUCAAGCCACUCCUUCGGGAAAUCCCGAAGUGAGAAAAAAACACGCGAAAUUAAACCAAUUGAAAAAUUCGAAAAAAAAUAACGAAGAACAUGUCAUUAUGAAAAAAGCAGUGGAACAAAUCGUUCUACCGACUCAUUCGAAAACCCUCGUCAAAAAUAAAAAACGAUCCCUAACGAACGGAAGGACGAACAGCAUGCAAAGUCCGACGACUCCGAUUUUCGAAGGAAAAAAAGAAUUAUUGACGAGCACGCCAUUGAUAACAAUCGACAAUCCAGAUUUUGGAAUGGAUUUAAGUUCCGUCGUCAACGAAACUAAUUAA